CACGCAGAUGUGGAACACAUCUGGCAGAGCGGAAAUCUACGCCUUCGAGAUAAACUUCAUACACUGCGUCUUGGAGUGUCUCGGUUACCAGUUACUCGGAAUGGCUAUCUCCUUGAUGAGAGCUAUAACAUGACUUCUCGUCAAAAACUGUUUUUAUAAACACAUGUAACGUGUCGAAGUCACGCAUAUGAUGACAUUACCCAAAAUGAGGACAACGCUUGUACCAGCUGCCAGAAAGAAACUUCUUUGAGAUAAAAUUGGAGGGAUUUUUGUCAGGUUGGAAACAUAAUCAUGCAACAUGAAUGUAACUAAUAGCACCGGAAUUGACGGUCUUGUGCCGUGGAACCAAAACGGCUCUUUUAGGAAUGUCUCCAACGAUGCCUUCCCUGCCAACCUCACCUGUGACGGUAAUGGCCGCAACGAAUCCUGUGCCGUUGUGGAUGCCUCUGGAAGCCCAUACAAAACUGUUGAGAUGAUCUUCAUUGCCUUGGUCACAGGUUCCCUCAGUUUUGUUACAGUGGUGGGCAACAUCCUUGUAAUGCUAUCCAUCAAGGUCAACAGACAUCUUCAGACAGUCAACAAUUACUUCUUAUUUAGCCUGGCAUGUGCAGAUCUCAUCAUUGGUGCUUUUUCCAUGAACCUUUACACAGUUUAUAUUAUCAAGGGUUACUGGCCCCUGGGUCCUGUGAUCUGUGACCUAUGGCUGGCCUUGGACUAUGUAGUUAGCAACGCCUCUGUGAUGAACCUGCUGAUCAUAAGCUUUGACCGUUAUUUCUGUGUGACAAAACCACUGACCUAUCCAACAAGGAGGACCACCAAGAUGGCAGGUCUGAUGAUUGCAGCUGCUUGGAUACUAUCCUUCAUCCUGUGGGCUCCGGCAAUCUUGUUCUGGCAGUUCAUUGUGGGCGAACGCACGGUUCAGCCAGGAGAGUGUUACAUACAGUUCCUCUCCAACCCUGCGGUCACAUUUGGUACGGCCAUUGCUGCUUUCUACUUGCCAGUGAUCAUCAUGACUGUGCUCUAUAUCCACAUUUCUCUAGCGAGCCGGAGCAGAGUGUCCAAACAGAAACCAGAGUCCAAGACAGAAAAGAAGGGUCUCAAGACUGGUGGACUACUUAAGAGUCACAUUCUUAAACAGAAUAACAACAAUCAGUUGCCUAAACCCAGCAAAGAUACCGGCAGCACUAGUGAUACCUUGAAGAAUGGCAAGCUUGAAGAGUCUGUUGUUUCAACCAAGGCUGAAUCCAGCGUUCCACCAGAGGAAAAGGAAAGCUCCAAUGACUCCAGCACUGCCAGCAUUGCCCCGAAGGACACCCAUGAGAGGGCAAACAGUGAGAUCACCUCUGAGCCUGCUGCUGCAGCCCCUACCCCUAUUCCCAAACUGAACUCAGCAUCCAAGUGGUCCAAAAUUAAGAUAGUCACGAAGCAGGCAGGGGAUGAGUGCAUCACUGCCAUUGAGAUUGUCCCACCUAACAGUAGUUGUGAGGCUCGGUCCAUUCCUGUGAACCGGCCCAGAAUGGUGGCAAGGAAAUUUGCCAGCAUCGCCCGAAGUCAGGUAAAGAGGAAGAGACAGAUGGCAGCACGGGAGAAGAAAGUAACUAAGACCAUCUUUGCCAUUCUGUUGGCAUUUAUCAUCACCUGGACACCAUACAAUGUCAUGGUCCUCAUCAGCACAUUUUGCCAGUCAUGUGUGCCUGACACAGUAUGGGCCAUUGGAUAUUGGCUUUGCUAUGUGAAUAGCACCAUCAAUCCCGCAUGCUACGCUUUGUGCAAUGCCACAUUCAAAAAGACUUUCAAGAAUCUUCUUAUGUGUCAGUAUAAGAAUAUUGGCACUAGAUAAGCUGGAGGGAAGGAUGAAAUAAAUAUUGGGGUCGCUGACUUGUUCCAUACACCGUACCUUGCUGGCAUAUAUGAGCGCCAUGGACAACAUUGUUUUCAGAAUGUCAAGAGCAGAAAAUACUAUCCACGGACAUACAGAGACAUUUGGAUAGGAACAAUUUAUGAAGCUGAAAUGGCAUGGUGUGUAACAGUGUGAUCACAAACAAAAGGUCCACAUUAUUCUGUUAUGUAAUUUAGGUAGUGAAAAAAACCUCUCUCAAAUUGCUGUCAGGUUGCUCAGCCACUCUAAAUGAAGGCCAUCACCAAUCUACAACUAGCCAGACAUUUAAAUCUAAAUGAAAUAAUUUUAUGCUUAGUUGUGACCUGUGGUGAAAUGGAAGCUUUCAGUAUACAGUGGAUAUUUACACACACACGCACACACACACACACACACACACACACACUACAAACAAUACACACAUACAGUACAUUCAGGAUAUAUAUGUGUGAGUGUGUGUGUGUGUGUGUGUGUGUGUGUGCGUGUGUGUGUGAGAGUGCUAUUACAACCUUGGCAAAAUACUUAACAUACAUGACAUUAUUAGGGGUCUAACCGUACAAAAUCAUUGGAACGUAUCUUUAUUCUGAAGUGAAUAACAUUUCAGAAUUACACAAACAAAACACAUGGAAAGAUACAAAAGAACUUAAAGGUGCCGUAUGCAAUGCUAGCACCACUUGCUUAGAUACACAAAACAAAUGGAGACAGGGAUUUCAAUCUCAUUACAACCUUGCUGAUUUGUUAAUUCAGCUGAAUCAUGUUGAAACUCUAACCAUUGUAAUCAACAGAGCCCAGGAGUCCCAAAGACAUUUAGGGCCCAUCUUACACUCGGUGCAACGUGGUGCCAAGCUCCAUUUCCAUUGCGCCCAUGGGUGUGUCAAUGAAAAAAAAAAUAGAUGUGGUCAGGCACAUGAUCCAAAAAUCGCUAUCUUACACCCACUAAAAAUCAUUACACUACUGACCAAGAAAAACCUGGUCUAUGGAGAAAAGCGCAUAUUAAUCACAGCGGUAAAGACAAGAUAUAAGCAGCCCUUAAGCACGAGUCCCAGGUAACGACUCAUUUUCGGGAUGAAUAUCUUUAGGGUUUUCAUUCAGUCAUACAAACUUAUUCUGGGGUAAGUUUAGCUUUUUUCAGGCUAUGUUUUAGAUUGUACCCCCUUCCUCGUCAGUCAAUAUUGAAUGUAAAUAACUGUGUAGAACUGCUUUGUCAUUGCCUAUGAGACCAUGUGAAGUUAGUUUCAGUUCAGUUGGCCUAUGGGUUCAAAUAAUGGGCGAGUGCCGAUGCAUGUAGGCACUCUGCUAGUCACACACAGGUUUUAGUAAAGCAAGUAUGGGCAGCCAUGGCCUACUGGUUAGCGUUUCGGACUUGUAACCG